AAGCAGCAAAACAAUUCAGAGUGGUCUUGGUUCUUCGUUUGAGAAAGCCUUUGGAAUGAAGGUUGCAGAAGUUUGUGAUUCUCCACAGGAUUUGCAAAACCCAGUGAUGUUGUUCGCUCAAACAGCAAUCCUCCCACCUUUAUCCGCGGUGGUGCCAUGGUUUGCGAUGGUUGUCGAAGAACAUCAUCAUGGAAAAGAAUACAAGCUCUACGAAGUAAACACAAACAUUUUGCCCGAUGGAAACUGUUGUGCAAGAGAAUGUCCAGUAAUCAAAACAAUCAGUACUGACACAGUCAAUGUUCAGAAUACAAAUCAUCGUGAAAGUAUUUUUUCCAUUCCCAAGACUGCUUUUCAGCCAAUGAAGUUCGCUCCCCAUGGCUGGAUUCGAGUGGACAUUCACCGCAUGCCAUGUGAGCAGGGAUUGAAUGAUCUGCAAAUUUUGAAGAUCAAAGCUGAACAUGAGAUGCUGGCCCGCAUCAAUUCCAUGUACUCAGGCAUAAGACUGAUUCCUGCCAAAGAACCAUCAGGUCAAGAAUCUGCAAAGUCUUUGCAGAAACUUUUGCAGAAUGCAAAAACAAACGAGAAUUUGCAUCUGCCAGCAAAUGCAAAGCAAACGAGCUGGAUCGCUGGAAAAGGACCAAAGAGCAGCCCUGCGAAUACGAACCGAAGAACAUGGUACGAAAUGUCGCAAGAGCAACCGCUUGGAAGCUCACCUCCAAGCAAAGGAACAGUUGAAAAUGAGCCGAAUUCCAACAAUGAAAACACCAAUGAUGAUUUAAGCAUGAAAGAUAUAUCUACGCCGUGGCGAUGUGAAGUUUGUAACAUAUAUUUCACCAGCUCGCAAGCCUUGGGAGGUCAUCGCAUUAACUCAACAGAUCAUAAGCAGAGAAUGGAAAAAUUGCGUCAAGGAGACACAACAAGCCUUCCAAUCACUCCUCGUCUAAGUCUACAUGUCUACUCGAAUGAAGAGAUUAGCAACCGGGGGAAGCGCACUAGGUUGCCUCCCAUGGCUCAGAUGGUCGGAUUCGACAAGGUUUUGAUGAAGUUUCCUUCUGAUGUUCGAAUUGCCUUGGCUCGAAUUCAAAGUCCAGCUGCUUAUUUCUCAAGUUGUAGCUUGGAUGUCUUUCGUCGGCAUCAAAAGUUUGGAGAUUUUGGGGGGAUGAUUAUCGACAAAUACUUCACUUCGUCAGCAGACCAAUUUGAAAUGCUGAUGCAAGAUCCGAUCACUGUCCCUGAGUUGACGCAGUGCGGUUUGUCGAAAGAUAUGAGCGAUGAGGACAACAAAGAACUGAAGAUUUUUGCAAGAAUGCUCUUGACCAAGAAGAAAUUCCUUGACAUCAAUCGCAGAGCCGUUAGC